AUGGCCUGGACAGGAAUGGCUGUGACACAUAUGGCAAGUAGUGACGUCGCUUCAAACAUCGAUACCACGACUUUAAAGGCUUACAACGAUGAAUACUUCUCCAUGACGGCCUGCGUUCGCGAUGAAACACUACUCGAGGUGCAUGUUUCCACGACGACAGAAGACAUAAUCAGGCUCUCUCUCAUACUGCCGCGCUCUGGCGCCCACACCCUCGACAUCGUCGGUUUGCCUUCAUUGAAGGAAGCAGACUGGUUGAGCUUUUUCAGGCGACACAUCCAAGUGCAGAGAUGGAUGAUCGACGAAGUGACUGCAGCCUUCGUUCAAGAUCAGAUUGUGACGCCUCAUCCCGUUUAG